ACUUUUGAUUUUGUCAAAUCAUUGUGGAUUGUGGAUUUGUGAUCUUUCAAGCUCAUUUCCUACUCCAAAUUUAGUUUAACACAUAUUAAUUACUCGUAUAUCUUACCAUUAACUAUGGCAUCAGUUUUGGUUCCUGAAGUACCGCUACCGGGGUUCUCAUUUGAAAAUUGUAGCAGGAAUGCGUUUCUCGCUCAAAAGGGUUUUCCCGCUCCAAAAGCGACUAAGACUGGUACCACAAUUGUGGGUAUAAUAUACGCGGAUGGCGUUAUACUUGGCGCUGAUACCAGAGCAACUGAAAAUACUGUUGUAUCAGACAAAAACUGUCAAAAGAUUCAUUAUUUAGCUUCGAACAUGUACUGCUGUGGUGCUGGUACUGCCGCUGAUACAGAAAUGACCACACAAUCAGUAGCCUCGCAGCUAGAGUUGCAACGCCUUCAUACUGGUCGCACUGUACCUGUCGAAACUGCGGCCACGCUUUUGAAGCGCAUGUUGUUCCGUUACCAGGGCCACAUAGGAGCUGCCCUUGUUCUUGGAGGUGUCGAUCGCACUGGACCUCAUAUUUACUGCAUCUAUCCUCAUGGUUCUGUAGAUAAGCUACCUUAUGCUACAAUGGGAUCAGGAUCUUUAGCAGCCAUGGCUGUUUUUGAAGCUAAUUGGAAACCCGAUAUGUCUGAGGAAGAAGGGAAAAAAUUAGUAAGGGAUGCUAUUGCUGCUGGUAUCUUCAAUGACUUGGGAUCAGGAUCCAAUGUAGAUCUGUGUGUUAUACGUAAUACUGGACCAGCUCAAUAUCUCAGAACAUAUGAAGAAGCAAAUGUCAAGGGCAAAAAACAAGGAUCAUAUAGAUAUCCAAUUGGAACAACAGCAGUUUUGAAGCAAAAAGUUAUUCCUCUCAAAAUUGAAUCAGUUUCUGUUUAUCCGGUACAAGCAAUGGAGGUUGAGGAGUCAAGCAGCAAACGUUAAUAUUUUUAUUUUACAUAUUAUAAACAUUUUAAAACAUGUAUUAAAAAUAAACGCCUUUUUAAAUAAU